AUGAUUUCUGGAACAUUCAAGACAUUUCUAGCCGCCACCUUGGCCAGCACCGCAAUUGCCGUUGAUACCUGGGGCGGCUCCGUAUCUCUUGGCCCAACAACCUCUACCAUUAUCAAGGCUGUGACCACCAUCAUCCCUGGCGAAGCCCCCCCUACCCAGAAUGGAGUCCUGGCUCUGUGGCCUGGCAUGUCCAAUGGCACCGGCGACUUAGUUCAGACGACUCUGGAGUCUUGGAAUGACAACUCAUGGUGCGGCGCCAAGAAGGGACAGUGGUGCGUUCGCGCCUCGCUUUUCGGCUGGUUUGGCCAGCUCAGUGGCGACGCAAGCCCUGUCUCUGGCAACCAAAAGGUCAAGAUCCUUUACGAACUUCUCUCGGAUAACAACACCUGGCGCCAGACCGUAACUGAUGCCGACACGGGCAAGAAGCUAAGCUCCUACGAGUACAAGUCUGGCCCCUUUAUGAGGGGCUAUGGCACUGGUACCGAGUGCAACGCCAACUGCAGCCCUACCAUCGCGAAACAGCAGUACAUCAAUACCGAGAUCACCCUUGCUGGCCCUGAUCCCAACUUCGGCAAGACCAUUGCCACUGCUCAGAAGGCUACUUACACCGGCCUAUCCAGCAGCCAGAACGGCAAAGUCUGGACCAUUAAGGAGAUCAACAUUCCCGCUAUGGUCUAG